GGUCAAUUAAAAAGGAGGGAAAGACGACCGCCAUUUUUCUCCAGAAUCCCGCUCGUUAACUUAGGAAGGGCCUUUUUUCUCCUCCCGCCCUUUGGUCCCUCCAAACCUCGAAAUUCAAGCUUGUUCUGUUUGGCUGCCGAGAAAAUGUAAUGGGAAAUAUAAUCUCAUCAGAAACGGACUAAAUUCAGUGUGUGCACUAAAUUGCUGAUAUGCACAAUGGCAUCAAAUGCCAAAGUUGCCCAGGCCUAUGCCGCAAUGAGAGAGAUUGGAAUUAAUGAGGAAAAAGUGAAGCCAGUUUUGGAGAAACUUCUGGAGCUGUAUGAAAACAGUUGGGAGCUUAUAGAGGAGGAAAAUUAUAGAGUUCUUGCUGAUGCUAUCUUUGAUGAGGAAGAUACUGAGGUAUAUAACGUGUCAAAUCAGAAGAACUGCAACAGUUCAGAUGAAGAUGUCCCUUUUAUUGAUGACAUCCCACGAUAUGCGGUUCCUCUUGCAGUUAUCCAUCCAGGGGAGGCCCAUACCAUGACAUCAAGAGUGGGUCAGAAACGACCACGACAGGUAGAGGACCCUCUUGACGAAUCUACUACCAUGACAGAGGAGGCCCCAGCAGACCCCUCACAUGGUUUGUAUAUCCAUGUGGAGGAGACAGAUCAGGAUUCAGAUGACGAGUCUGCUCCAACACCACAGCCAAAUGUGACUGGUUGGUGCACAAACUCUGGCUCUACUGAUACUGCUGAGCCGUGCCAGUCUAGAUUGAGGCUGGAACGACUGGCCACACCCUGCACCUCUGAUUCAUCAGUUGCCACUCCGGAGCUGGCAGCUGACGAGAGUCCAGCAGUCGGGCCUUCCUCAGAUGAUGACGGUAUUGCAUCUUCACUGCCUAGAAAGAGAGCGGGUCGUGGAAUGGCAAAGGGCGACCCAGUUGCUACAAAUCGCACAAACCGUAUAUGGAUCCGCAUGACGGAUCAGGAGGAGCUUCCGGAGAAUGUCAACCGGACCAUCAGCACGCAUCUGAAGAAAUACCUAAUGGGUCCAUACACCUCUUGGGGCACAGUCCCCCAAAAUCACCGAGCUAUUUAUUGGGCAACGUUCACGAGUGUAUACCAGUGGGAGGAUCAACAGGAGGCACGUAUUAAAAUUGCAUGGGAGAAGUUGUGCAAUUACCGCUUCAGGAGAGCAAUGAAUGAGCUCAAGACAAAGUGUGCUAAGAAAAAUUUUCAAGAAAAGCCAUUGUGGUUGAAUGACGACCUCUGGUCUCAACUUCUCACUCAAUGGGGAACUGAUAAGCACGUAAAGGCUUCAAACAUAGGGAAGCAGAACCGAGCCAAAGGCCCACAGGUCACCCACACGGGUGGUUCACGUGGGAUCCAGUCAUUCAUGAGGAAGCUGCAAGAGAAGAAUCCAGAAAAUCAGCCCCCCACUUGGAUGGAGAUCUACCAUGCCAAACAUACUAGGCCUGGUCAGACCAGCGAAGCAGAUUGUGAGUGGGUCUCCGACCGAGCACGAGAUAUUUAUGUACAAUAUGAGGCAGGAAUGAUUGAGAAAUAUGGGUCUGACAGGACUAAGUGGCCUCGUGAAGUUGACGGCCCACUCUUGGCCGAGGUAUCUGGAGGACCUAAAAAAGGGCACCAGUUUGGGCUGCGAGUUAUGCAGGAUCCUGAGUCGGUGGGAAUCCCUUACCGCAAACGACAACCUCCAUUUUCUGAUCCCAGGAGCUGGAGCAGUACAGGGCCAUCUCAGGAACAAGUACUGGAACUCCGACAGAUUGUGGAGCAUCUCCAAAGUGAGCUCCAUGAGAAGAGCCAGAGGUGGGCGGAGGAGAAGCAGAGGUAUGAAGCAGAACAACAGAAAAACGAGCAGUUCCGACUGAACAUGGAGGAACAGAUGCGUCUCCUCCAGUCACACCUUGGCUUACACACCAGAGGCGAGUCGUUUUGAUUAACAGUACGAUAUGUAACAUAUAUCUGUAUCUACGGCGGGUAUAUAUGUGUAUGACGUAAUUUUUGGAUUGAUAUAUAUGUAGAGUUCUUUAUUUUGCAGUUCAAAUUGUAUUGAAUUUGCAAAAUAAGGGUUAAUAGAUGGGGAUAUAAUAAUCUCCAAUAUUACGAGACUCAUUAUAUUUAACAGUAAGUAUUGUGCAAUUCAAUAUGGUUCAAAUUGCACAUAAAUUUUUGAUGUAUGU